AUGAACUUUUUUACUUUCCUUUGGCUACUCUGGGCCCCUUUGGCAUUGGCCUUUCAGCUUCCGACGAAACCAGUGGACGACCCAUUCUAUGAAAUACCUGCUAACGUUUCCGAAUACGAAGUUGGCGAAAUCAUCGCCUGGCGACCUCCUCCAGUCCACCUAAGAUCCAUGGUCUUUCCGUUAAACGUCAAAAACGCAUGGCAAGUACAAGUAAGGUCAGAAGACUCAUUUGGUGAACCUACUUCUGUGGUUACAACCAUCAUAGAACCAUAUAACGCCGACCCAUCCAAAAUCUUAUCGUACCUGUCAUAUGUGGACUCUCCAAGCCUCGAUUGCAGUCCUUCCUAUGCUAUUUUAUUUGGAGCUUCUAUGGAUACGCUUCCGUCACAGUUUGAAAUGACCAUUAUGGAUAUUGCCUUGUCUAAGAACUGGUACGUGGUGUAUCCUGACCACCAGGGCCCUAAGGCUGCUUUCACUGCCGGCCUUCAAUCUGGAAGGGCUAUUUUGAAUGCAAUAAGAGCUGCCCUAGGAUCUGGUGAACUUACUGGUAUUAAACCAGAUGCCAAAGUAGGCCUAUAUGGGUACUCUGGAGGAUCCAUAGCUUCAGGCUGGGCAGCCCAGAUCCAGCCAAACUAUGCACCCGAACUAAAGUCUAAUAUAGUGGGAAAUGCCUUUGGAGGGCUUAUGGCGAACAACACCGAGACUUACCUUACAAACGAUGGAAGUCCUUUCUCUGGGCUUGUAGUGGCUAUGAUAAACGGCAUGAUGCAAGAGUACCCAGCGCUAGUUCCUAUUAUCGAGCAGCAAAUAGGCAAGAAAAGGUUAAAAACGUUCUACGAGGCGAAAAGAAUGUGUCUUGGAGCAACGUUUGAGCUUUAUGCGUAUGAAGAGCUCUUCAAAGGCCUGGAUCCAUGGAUGGGGGAUGGAAACGGGUUUUUGGAAAUCCCAGAAAUUGCAGAGAUCAUGAAAAACAAUACCUUAGCCUUGGACGAGGCCCUGGGCGUCCCAGAAAUGCCUCUUUUUAUAUUCCAAGCCCAGAACGAUGAAGUGAUUAGUAUGAACCAGGCUCAAGAGGCAUACAAGAAAUGGUGUUCCUGGGGAGCACCUUCUAUUGAGUUUGCCGUGUCCAAGUACACUGCCCAUGUCAGUGAAGGGUGUCUAGGCAUUGGAGCUGGUUUUGUCUGGCUUGAAAAACGUCUAAAUGGUGAAAAGCCUACUCUGGGGUGCCAAAUGACUUCCAGAGACACCAACCUUCUCUACCCUGGCGCAGAUAUCAUGAACAUCCAGUUUCUAGAUACAUUCAUGAGGGCCGUUUUGGGACAGAAGGUUGGAGAGGAAACAAGAAAUUACAAAGAGUCCACCCCGAUAAGCCAGCUCUUUGUUGACGUUCUAAACGGCAUUUUCACCCUCCUAGGGCCUAUCUAA